AUGGAGCUAUCAACGCCGCUAGCAAUGACGGGCGGUCCAUGGCUGCUGAUCCUCUGCCUCGCCGCCGGCGCUGUACUCCAAGCUUGCGCUCAGCCUGACAGCAAAGGAUUCAUAAGCAUAGACUGCGGCCUCUCGGGGAAGACGGGCUACAUGGACGACAAAACCAAGAUCUCGUACUCCCCGGACGCCGGGUUCAUCGACGUAGGCACCAACCACAACAUCUCGGCCAAGUACAUGCACACUGCCAACAGCAAGCACCUGCACAACCUGCGCAGCUUCGCCGGCAUGCGCAACUGCUACACGCUCCGUUCCCUUGUGCCCGGGGCCAAGUACAUCAUCCGGGCCACGUUCAAGUAUGGCAACUAUGACGGCCUUAACCGUCCACCGGCGUUCGACCUCCAUGUAGGUGUCAAUUACAGGCACACCGUGGACAUUACAAAUCCAUACGAGAUGGAGCACGUGGAGGUCAUGAUCGUCGUGCCAGACGACUUCGUGCAGGUGUGCCUUGUCAAUACCGGCGCCGGGGCGCCCUACAUCUCUAGCCUUGACCUGAGGCCGCUGGACAGGUCACUCUACCCGCAGGUGACCGCAGCGCAGGGGCUGGCUCUGGCAUUCAGGAUCAACUUCGGCCCAACCGACCACACCGACAUCGUCAGGUAUCCCGAUGACCCACACGACCGGAUAUGGUAUCCUUGGUUGAACGACUGGACCGAGAUAUCGACGACGCAGAAGGUGUAUAACAGCUUGGGAAACAACAGUUUCUUCAUGGUGCCAUCGGCGGUGUUGCAGACCGCGGUAAUUCCGCUGAACGUCUCUAGGAACAUAAAGAUCUCAUGGAUCUCCAGGCCCACCACUAUGGACCCGGGACGUUUGGGGUGCAUCGUCAUCUUGUACUUCGCCGAGCUACAGGUCAUCCCCGCUAAUGCCGUGCGCCAAAUGAACGUCGUGCUCAACGACAAGCCGUGGUAUACAACAGGCUUCACGCCCGAGUACCGCUAUGCCGCUGUCACCUAUAACACUCUUCCCUUCGAAUACCUAAUCUACGAGCUCUCCAUCGAGGCUACUAAUAACGCGACGCUGCCGCCAUUCAUCAACGCUGCCGAGAUCUUCUUCGUCUUCGCCACCACCAACCUUGGCACAGAUUCCCAAGACGUAUCUGCAAUCACGGCGAUCAAGGCGAAGUAUCGGGUGACAAAGAACUGGAUGGGAGAUCCGUGCGUUCCUAAGACCAUGGCUUGGGAUAGCUUGACCUGCAGCUACACCAUUGACAGCCGUUCAAGGAUCACAAGCGUAAACUUGUCUUCCAGUGGUCUGAAUGGUGACAUAUCGUCUUAUUUCACCAACCUCAAGGCAGUCCAGUCCUUGGACCUGUCAAACAAUAAUUUGAUAGGCUCAAUUCCAGAAGCCCUUGCGCAAUUACCUUUUUUGACGGUUUUAGAUUUGUCAGGCAAUCAGCUCAAUGGAUCAAUCCCCUCAGGGCUCCUCAAAAGAAUUCAAGAGGGUUCCCUGAAACUAAUAUAUGGCAACAAUCCAAACCUCUGCAUCAAUGGCAAUUCAUGCCAACUGCAUGCAAAAAAGAACAGCAAGUUGGCACUCUAUAUUGCUGUCCCUGCAGUUUUGCUUGUUGUGAUAGUAUUAGUGGCAAUACUACUCAUUUGCUUGCUAAAACGAAAGAAGCAAGGAUCAGUGGACAACUCCAUAAUGCUGCAGAAUGAGACGGUCACAAGCCACGCAAUAGCAAACCAUGUCGCCGAUUACAGUUCGCUGCAACGUCUUGAGAGCCGUCGGUUCACGUAUAAGGAGCUUGAGAUAAUCACAAACAACUUCCAGCAAGUGCUCGGUCAGGGAGGGUUUGGGUACGUCUACAGCGGCUUCCUGGAGGACGGUGCGCAGGUUGCGGUGAAGCUGCGGUCACAUUCUUCCAAUCAAGGAGUCAAGGAGUUCCUCGCAGAGGCUGAGAUUUUGACACGGAUUCAUCACAUGAAUCUUGUCUCCAUGGUUGGUUACUGCAUGGAUGGGGAGUACAUGGCCCUUAUCUACGAGUAUAUGCCAGAAGGAACCUUGCAAGAGCACAUUGAAGGAAGCAACCGCAAUGGAGCAUGUCUGUCCUGGCCACAGAGGCUUCGAAUCGCACUUGAAUCUGCGCAAGGGCUAGAGUAUCUGCACAAGGGCUGCAACCCACCCAUCAUCCAUAGGGAUGUGAAGGCCACCAACAUCCUGUUGAACUCGAAGUUGGAGGCUAGGAUUGCUGACUUUGGCUUGUCCAAGGCCUUCAAUAGCAAUGAUACCCACGUGUAUACGAACACACUCGUCGGCACACCCGGAUACGUCGAUCCUGAGUACCAGGCGACAAUGCAGCUCACGACCAAGAGCGAUGUGUACAGCUUCGGAAUCGUGCUGCUGGAGCUGGUCACGGGAAAGCCAGCCAUUCUGCGGGAGCCAGAGCCCAUCAACAUCAUCAGUUGGGCACGACAGCGACUGGCACAGGGCAACAUCGAGGCCGUGGUGGAUGAGCGCAUGGGCAGUGACUAUGAUGUUAAUUCGGUGUGGAAGGCUGCAGACCUUGCCCUCAAGUGCACUGCAUACUCCUCAAUGCAGCGUCCCACCAUGACCGACAUGGUGGCACAGUUGCAUGAGUGCAUCGAGCUAGAGAAUGCUGGGGAUUAUGCAAAUACUGGCGUCUACACCAGUAGCAGCGACAAUGACCCAAACAUGAGUUAUGAUGCUUAUCCCACUGAUCAGUCCAGUAUUGUGAGAAGAAAUAGCACUGCGUUUGAGAUGGAACACAAUCUUAGGAGGAAGACAACAAUGCCCACUGGUCCAGAUGCACGUUGA